UGAUGGGCUGGAGAAGGUGGGGAGGGAAGGAAGGGGGCUGUUGGCUGCCCCUCCCUUUGCUGUUUGUCCGUCAUUGCAGCCUCCAGUCCCUUGCGGUCCUCUGAGUUCCUCCCGCUCUCCUUUGGCAGAUCACCCCAGCUGGUCUCAGGGAGGACUGGAGUAGGGGGCAUCUGUUGCCCCUGUAAUGGCUUCCGAUUUGGGAGAUGCCUCGGUGUUGGAACCCCCACCUGUGCCCCCUCUGGAGACUUGGGCACCAUCGAGAAAAGGUAACAGAAAAGGGGGGCUCCCAGAAGCCAAGCGGAAAGGACGGGCCAAGCGGUUGAACAAAGAUGCGGAGGAGCUGCUCUCAAGCCUGCAGCGAUUGGAUCUCACCACGGAAUGCACAGUGCCAGUUGGGACAGGCCUGGUUUGGGAUGAACGGAUGACAGAGUUCCGCUGCCUGUGGGAUGAGAGUUUCCCAGAGUGUCCAGAACGGCUAGUGGCCAUACGAGGCAAAUUGCUGCAAUGGGACUUGCUGGAGCGUUGCGUCCUAGUGACGGCCCAAGAAAUUUCUGAGGAAGAGAUUCUCUUGGCUCACAGUCAGGAGUACCUGGAUCUGAUGAAAUCAACCGAAGCAAUGAGCGAGGCUGAGCUGAAAUCUCUGUCAGACACGUACGAUUCUGUCUACCUACAUCCAAAUUCCUACCACUGUGCCUGCCUUGCUGCUGGUUCCGUUCUGCAACUCGUGGAGAAGGUGUGGUCCGGGGAGCUCCGUAACGGGCUGGCUGUGGUCAGACCACCCGGACAUCAUGCUCAGCGCAACAAGAUGGAUGGCUACUGUAUGUUCAACAACGUAGGCAUCGCAGCCCAAUACGCCCGGCAGAAAUUGGGGGUGGAGCGGGUUCUUAUUGUCGACUGGGAUGUGCAUCACGGACAAGGCACCCAGUACCUCUUUGAGGACAACCCCAGCGUCCUUUACUUCUCCAUCCAUCGCUACGAAGGGGGCAGCUUCUGGCCUCACCUUCCAGAAUCUGACAGCCAUGCCAUGGGCAGAGGUCGAGGAGAGGGCUACAACAUCAAUGUGCCUUGGAACCAGGUAGGCAUGCGGGAUGCUGACUACCUCUCUGCCUUUUUGCACAUCCUACUGCCUGUGGCCUUGGAGUUCCAGCCCCAACUAGUCCUGGUUGCUGCUGGUUUUGAUUCUGUAAUUGGUGAUCCCAAGGGGGAGAUGGCCGCCACCUCAGCAUGCUUUGCCCACUUGACACACCUGCUGAUGCCACUGUCCGGGGGCAAGGUGGUUCUCUCUCUGGAGGGUGGGUACAAUCUCCAGUCCUUGGCCGAGGGAACCUGCACAGUCCUGAAGACCCUUCUUGGAGACCCCUGCCCUCUGCUGGAAUCGCCCCUCGCGCCAUGCAGGAGCGCCCUCCGCUCCGUGUCCCGCACCCUGGCAGCUCACGGCAAGCACUGGAAGAGCCUGCGGAGGAUUGGGGUGGAUGCGCCCCAGCAGAAUGGAGGAGAGGUGAGAGCCGCUUUGCCGUCACCCCGGGCUCUACCGGGAGCUGUGAUCCUGUCCCGGUCAGCGACGGAACCGAUGCGCCUCCGGCCGGCUUCCUGCACAGGGCUGGUCUAUGACGAAAAGAUGAUGGAGCAUUACAAUAUGUGGGACAGCCAGCACCCAGAGCUGCCUCAGAGAGUCUCCCGGAUCUUCCAGCGUCACGGGGAGCUGCGUCUGACGGAGCGGUGUUCCCGGCUCCCAGCCCGGCUCGCCUCCGAGGAGGAGCUGCGGAUGUGUCACAGCCCCGCCUACGUGGAGACGGUGAAGUCGACGGCCGCCAUGAAGCCCCGUGACCUGCACCGCCAGGGCGACCGGUACAAUUCCAUCUACAUCUGUGCCAGCUCCUACGAGUGCGCCCGGCUGGCAGCUGGUUCCGCAUUCAGCGCGGUUGAAGCUGUGCUCUCUGGGGAGGUCCAAAACGCCGUGGCUAUUGUCCGCCCACCAGGGCACCAUGCUGAACCAGAUGUGGCCUGUGGCUUCUGCUUCUUCAACUCCGUGGCCUUGGCAGCACGAUACGCACAGCGCCUGGCCAGGCGUCCGAUGAGGGUGCUGAUACUCGACUGGGAUGUUCACCAUGGCAACGGGACACAGCAUAUGUUUGAAGAUGAUCCCAGCGUCCUGUAUGUCUCCCUCCAUCGCUAUGACAAUGGGACUUUCUUCCCCACCUCUGAGGAUGCGGACUACACCCGGGUGGGCGCGGGGCCUGGUGAAGGCUUCACCCUGAACGUGCCUUGGAACUGCCCCCGCAUGGGAGACCCCGAGUACCUGGCUGCCUUCCACCAGAUUGUCAUGCCUGUCUGCUACGAGUUCAAUCCGGAGCUGGUGCUGGUUUCUGCCGGUUUUGAUGCUGCUCGGGGGGACCCGCUGGGCGGAUGCCUGGUUUCUCCCGAAUGCUACGCUCACAUGACCCACAUGCUCCUGGGCCUGGCGGGCGGCAAGGUGGCGGUCGUGUUGGAGGGUGGCUACAACCUAGAGUCGAUCUCGGAGUCCAUGACCAUGUGCACGCGCAGCCUCCUGGGGGAUCCUCCGCCCCCACUGGGACGCCUGAAGGCCCCCCACCCCAGUGCCCUGCAGUCUCUGGCCCGUGUGGCUGCUGUGCAUCGCAAAUAUUGGGCAUGCCUCCGAUUGGAAGUGCCUGCUCCUCUGUGGGAGAAGCCCAGGACCCGGGCUGCAAAGGGGACUCCCGUUCCAGGCGAAAUGCCCCCAGAGCCCCCGCAGGAGCUGCUUCGGAGCCCCACUGCUCAACCCGUGGAGGAGAUGGUUGACGAGGCGGAGGCGGCGUUGGGCUCCCUCCAACUAGAAGACAACCCUGCAGAGGAGGGAGAGACAGCCUCAAGUUCUCUCUCUCCUGACUCCAGUCCAGUGGGCCAGGAGGCCCGGGGCUGCCCUGAAGGAGCUGAGCCAGCGGAGGAUCCCCAGAGAGAUGGCACGUCCGCGGGAAGCUCCUCUGGAGAAGUGGAGUCUCCUGACAACGAGGCAGAACAGGUGAGCCCACCUGAUCUCUCUUCCACCCCAAAUGAAAACCACCUCCUUGAUGAAGCCACCGGUGGCUUUUCUCCUCCAGGCAGCUCACAGAAGGAAGAAGAUCUGGCAGAUGGAGGGCAGUUCUAUGCGGUGACUCCCUUACCGUGGUGCCCCCACCUUGACGCAGUGCUCCCUGUGCCUCCCACCGGCUUGAAUGUGCUGGAGUCCUGUGCAGAGUGUGGCAGCAAGGCUGAGAACUGGGUCUGCCUGGUUUGCUAUAAGGUUUGCUGUGGCCGCUACAUUAAUCAGCACAUGGUGGCGCACAACUCGGAAUCCGGGCAUCCGCUGGUGCUCAGCUUUGCGGACCUCUCUGCCUGGUGCUACGAAUGCCAAGCCUACAUCCACCACCAGAUUCUCUUCGAAGCCAAGAGCCAGGCUCACAAAGUGAAGUUUGGGGUGGACAUGAUGAUACCUGCCCAUAAGGAGAACUCCCUCGACCUCCCCCCUACGCCAACAGAGAAUCACCUCCUUGACGAAGCCACGGGUGGCUCUUCUCCUCCUGGCAGCUCACAGAAGGAGGAAGAUCUGGCAGAUGGAGGGCAGUUCUAUGCGGUGACUCCCUUACCGUGGUGCCCCCACCUCGACGCGGUGCUCCCUGUGCCUCCCACCGGCUUGAAUGUGCUGGAGUCCUGUGCAGAGUGUGGCAGCAAGGCUGAGAACUGGGUUUGCCUAGUUUGCUAUAAGGUUUGCUGUGGCCGCUACAUUAAUCAGCACAUGGUGGCGCACAACUCGGAAUCCGGGCAUCCGCUGGUGCUCAGCUUUGCGGACCUCUCUGCCUGGUGCUACGAAUGCCAAGCCUACAUCCACCACCAGACUCUCUUCGAAGCCAAGAGCCAGGCUCACAAGGUGAAGUUCGGGGUGGACAUGAUGAUAUCCGCCUGAUGCAGCUCCUUGAGGAGGGCAAGGCUAAUAACGAAU